ACUAUAGAUGGUCUGGUCACAACCAAAACCUCUCAAAACUCCAGCACAAUACACAGUCACAGUCUUUCCAGGACAAACAUGCUCACUUCUUAAUGCACACAUUCUGCAAAGGAGAAAGACUAUCAGAAUUGUGUUGAAAGGAAAAGAGGCAAGAAUCGGAGCCAAACAGACAUUUACUGGAUAAAAACAGAAGUGGACUUCAGCUGAAAACUUUAGUGACCCAACAAGUUGAGUGAAGUAGCCAAUAUGAGAGACUUUCUCCACAUUUUCAUCAUCAUCAUCAUCAGUGAGGUCCUACUUCUCAACUUUACCUGCGCAUCCACACUCAGAGCGCGGAGGGAAAACAUGAAGGUACGGAUCAGCGCUACAGAUGACACCAUUAUUCUGAAGUUCAUGCGACCACACGUGGACACUAAGCUGGAAGGCUAUAUCCUGGGCUAUGGUAGUAGCAUGUUCUCCAAACAGUUCAUCCAGCUACCCAAGAAUGGAGAACCUUAUGAAACCGAGACUGAUGCUGAACCAAAAUAUCUCAUUGCAGUGAAGCAGGUAAAGGCAAAUGAGGUCAAGAAACACUGCACAGAGAAAGUUACUCUGGAAAAGCCUCUGCAUUUGGUGAUUGGAUCCGUGACCCCAACCUCAGUUUUGCUGUCCUGGGGCACACUCUUGAAAACCCCAUAUACUGACACUAACCUGGAUGACUGCAUCGAGGAGGGGCAGUUCACUGUGCGCUACAGAGAGAACGAGCCCAGCAAGCAAUGGAACUAUCAAACGUGUCCAACCACCAGUACUGUCAUUGACAAUCUUAAACCAGAUACACCUUAUGAGUUUGGUGUCCGAGCAGACAUUGACACCAUCACUGGAGCCUGGAGCCCUCCAGUAACGCACAACACAGCUGAUGUAGACAUACAUAAACUUUUGGAAGAAAAACCAGCUGAGAACCGGCUGAGGCCUCAGGUAUGUCUACAGUUGCAAAAAGAGCCCAUUAUUAAAGCUUCCCAAGCUUUCCUGCCUCAAGUUCCUGGCCGAGGCAUCUUGCGCAACUUGUCAUCUUCUGCUUCAGUGACGUGCCAUUCUGCACAUACAGUGAUACGGAAUGGGACUACCAGAGGGUGUGUCCCUGCAGUCACUAAACCUCGCAGAAUGAGAGUCCCCCCUAUCAAUAGAAACAACUCCCUGAAAAGAGCAAAGGUGCACAGUGGUGAGGAACAUAAAGGACUGUCGAUGCCUAAACGUUCAAAGCAAAUUCUUGGAUCACCUGCAAAUCCAAAGAAGAAGGGACCAAACCAGGUGGAAAAGCCAAUAGACAAGGCUGAUAAAGUAACUGAUCUGAAGCAGCUGGAGAUGGAUACACUGCUAAAUCUGAAACCCCAUGCUGCUCCUGCCACAAAAGUACCAGAUUAUCAAAAGCCAACACCAACAAGCACACCCUUUUUUGCCUUUAACGGCAGCCGUUUUGACAACUCCUCUGUAUUCAGUUCCAUUCCUGUCUCUCAUGUGGACGCGAUGGGGAAAAAACGUUUUGUAGCCCCCCAUGUGGUCUAUAAGACAGAUAAGCGUCCAGAGGAGCCUUGUUCUGUCACUCACUCUCUCAGCUUCUUCCCUGACGAGGAGGUCGGGGACGUAAAUGUCACUGGCCCACCCAAGAAUCCUCCAUCCAACCUCACUGUGGUCACUGUGGAGGGAUGCCCCUCUUUCGUCAUUCUCGACUGGGAGAAAACAGACAAUGAAACUACAGAAUAUGAGGUCACUUCCUCCACCAAGGGACCAAAUGGCAAAGAAGUGUCUGUUCUAACAACCAAUCAGACACACACAGCUGUGGAGAACCUAAAACCAGAGAGCAGUUAUGAGUUCACAGUGACACCCAAGAAUGAGCUGGGUUCAGGCCCUCCCAGUGAGCCAGUCGCCUUCAGCACUGAAUCUGCGGACCCCCGUGUGAGUGAGAUCCCCACUGGUAAAAAUGCUAUCUGGUCAUCAUUCCCAUUCAAAGCAGACUCCUACUCUGAAUGCAAUGGGAGACAGUAUGUGAAACGCACCUGGUACCGCAAGUUCGUGGGCAUUCAGCUGUGUAACUCGCUCAGAUACAAGAUCUAUCUAAGUGAUUCCCUUAAAGGAAAGUUUUAUAACAUUGGGGAUCAGGCUGGGUAUGGAGAGGAUCACUGUCAGUUUGUUGACUCUUUUCUGGAUGGACGGACUGGAGGCCCACUGCCACCAAACCAGUUACCACCCAAACAAGGCUAUUUCCGGGCUGUCCGCCAAGAGCCUGUGAAGUUUGGAAUGAUUGGUGGGAGCUCUCACAUCAACUAUGUGGCCUGGUACGAGUGUGGAAUCCCCAUUCCUGGAUCGUGGUAGACCCCCUGCAGCUGUCUGACAACACACUUGAUAAGAAUGUACAGUUGUUUAGAGAUCACAUAUAAGAAGACAAUGUAAAUUUGUACAAAAAGCACAGCACUAUAAAAAAUCCUAUUGAAUGUAUCUACAUUAUCUAAUGGCACAUACAAUGCUCUGUUAUUUAUAUGCAGAAUAAAUUUAUUGGUCAUCUAGAGUAAAUAAAGUAAAGAACUAGAAGAGUUUACGGAAGCACGGGGUAGCAGGCUCCCUGAAUGGUUGAAAUAUGUAUAUUAUGUAUCAAAAGGCUGGACAUAAUACUAGUGCUUUCCUGACCACAGGAAAAAAAAAAAA